AUGGAUGAACAUUCAUCACAUAAUUGUCAGUGUCAUCUAUCAUCUAAUAUCAAUAAAGAUGUAUAUGAAACACUAGAUGAACUUGCUUUUCGUCGCGGUCUUUGGUCAUCUGCACAACAGAAUGAUAUCGAUGAACUACGCGAACGUUUAAAUUCAUCAACUGCUAAAAAUAUCAAUCAAUGCGAUUCAAGUGGUUAUACACCACUUCAUUAUUCUGUUCGUUUUCAACCUGCACAUGCUUGUCAACUCUUACUUGAACAUGGUGCUGAUCCAAAUUGUCAAACUCGAGCUUCACAAUCAACACCACUUCAUCGUGCUAUUGUUUUUAAUAAUACCGAUGCUAUUCAUCAUUUACUUAAAUAUAAAGCUAAUUUAACUCUAAAAGACAUCGAUGGGCAGACACCUAUAGAAAAAGCGAUGACAUUAAAUAAUGAUAUUGCAAAUAUUCUCCUUAAAGCACAGCAGUGA